GGAUUACGUCCGUCCGUCGGAUAACCUGAAAACCGUUCAUAAUAGCCACGUGGUUCGCGUGCGACACAAGAGUAAGCCGAAUUUCUGCAGCGACUACCAUCGUCGGCGACGUCCCCGCCGCCCCUUUGUCCGUCGUUGAGCACAUUAUGUUAUCCGCUACUCGGUCGUCUGCUGGUCGUCUAUCAGCUCGUCGCCUAUCAUCUCUACCUCGCUCAUUGACCACAGACUCUACUACUGCUCAGACUAUCCAUCCCCCACCGCCUCCCCUCUCAAAGCCAGAGACAAGCAAGCCUCGUCAGUCGCGAUUAUACCCGCGCCCGCGCCCAGCUGUCCCGCAUCAGCGACAAGCACUCCCAACCCUUCCUCCAAGUUUCGGGCGGAACCAGGUCCUGCCGGUUCCAGAUUCCACUCGCGCCCUUCUAGAGGACAUCGUAGGAUCGUUUGAAGCGCCCAUUCGAUAUGCAUUUGCCUACGGAUCUGGAGUUUUUGAACAGGCUGGGUAUGAGAAGCAGAAGGGCAAGGAAGAAAUGCCGAUGCUAGACUUCAUAUUUGCGGUCACUCAUUCGGACCACUGGCACUCGAUCAACAUGCAACAGCACCCCGGUCAUUAUCCCCUGCAUGCACGCGUACUAGGAUCAUCAUUCGUCUCCAAGAUGCAAGAUAUGGGCCCUGGACUAUGGUUCAAUACGUUUGUGCCGAUGAAGGGGGUCACUAUCAAAUACGGAGUAACGACCGUCGACACGCUAUGCGCCGAUCUGCUUAACUGGCGCACGCUUUAUCUCGCGGGAAGGAUGCACAAGCCUCUACGGAUCAUCAAAGAUGAUGCACGCGUGCGACUGACUCAGCAGGUCAACCUCACCUCUGCGCUUCGUACCGCCCUCCUCAUGCUUCCCGAGUCCUUCACCCAACGCGAGCUAUUUUCAGCCAUCGCAGGAAUCAGCUACUCUGGUGACCCUCGAAUGGUGCUCCCAGCUGAGAAUCGCGGAAAGGUGGAGAAUAUGGUUUCUCGUCAGGAGGACCAGUUUCGUGAGUUGUAUUGGCGGCUCGCGCAGGGCCUUCCUGGAGUUCGGUGGGCGGCAGGUUCGAAGACGGUGGAGCAGGAUACUAGUCCGCAUGCGAGAGCGGCGCAUCUUAAGAAAUUGCCGGAAGAGCUCUUGAGGCAUGUCCAUGAACGUGUCGAGGGGCGCGGUCCGCCUAGAGAGGCGGAUGAAAGCGCCUAUUGGCUCCGUAUCGCAGGCGACAAGGAGCUCCCAGGAAUUCUUGACUCAGAAAUAACCAAGAUCGUGCGGUACCCAGCAACUGCCCAGUCACUAAAGGGCAUAGUGAGCGCCGGCGUGGCUAAGAGUGUGCGAUACUCUGCAGCCAAGGUCAGCAAGUGGUGGAAAGGAACCUCUUCCUCCAGUUCGUCAUAGUGGAUGCAUAUCCUCCAGCAAAUAAUAGUAAAUACCACAUCUCCCCCACUCUUUAUCAGCGAUAUAGACCCAUCCCUUCUUUCAUCCGUCGAACCAAUGUAGCUUUAUAAUAUAGCUGAGUAUUACAGGAUUGUAAUGUACUUUGCCUAGUAGGGCUCACGAUCUUUGGGUUGGUAUAUAAUUUAAUUGUCGAGAUCGAUCGAAUGUCGUUGC